AUUAUUGGAAAAUCAUUAACAAAUCAAUUCUCUCAAACCAUUUUCUAAUCUCAAGUCUUGAAUCCUUCCAAACACCACAAAUGGAAAUGCUAAAUCAAUUCCAUUCCAUCCUUGAAAGGAAAAUUAGUACAAUUCUUUUUCCCACUGUAACAUUCCGGUCAACCAAACGGGGCCUAAAGGGAAUAGGAUACUACCUAAUCCAGCAAAAAAAUAUUUAGCCACACUCAAAUUUAGAAGAAAAUCCUUACCAGAUUUGAACCCGGCCAGUUUAAGCAGGUGUAUAUAUAUGUACGUAUGUCCAGGAUUGCACACUAUCAGAAGAAUAGCUAGCAGCUAGCCAGGAUUAUGGAGUCUCUCUCUAAACACUGCAUAGAGCUGAGGAAUCGGAGGGGCUGCGAGUGUAUCUGUAAUUUGUUAAAUGGGUUGAAACCAGUGCUGGGAAUGCUGUUGGUAAGUGUUUUAGGUGCAGUGUUGAACAUAUUCUACAAACUGGUCGCUAUUGAUGGAAUGAACUUGAGGGUCUUCGUCGCCUACCGCGUCAUCUUGGCCACUGUCUUCUUGGUGCCUCUUGCUCAGGUAGUUGAAAGGAACAAAAGACCAAAACUUACGUGGAUUAUACUACUGCAAGCAUUUCUCUGUGGGUUAUUUGGGGUAAUACUGGCUCUAAACCUAUACCUGGAGAGCAUAGUAUUGGUAUCUGCUACAUUCGCUGCCGCGAUGAAUAAUCUGUUACCCGCCAUCACCUUCAUAAUGGCGGUAUGUUUGAGGAUGGAGAAAUUAGUCAUAAGAAGCGUUCCAGGGGCGGCGAAAGUUGUCGGCUCACUGGUCGGGAUCGGAGGGGCGAUGAUCUUCACUCUCUACAAAGGCACAAUUAUACAAAUCUGGUCUACACAUCCUCACCUUUUUCAUAUGAACAAAAACACUUCUUCAUCACACGCAAAUCACUCUGCCAAUCCAGCCUUGGGCUCUGUUUUAGCUGUAGUCAGCUGUUUAUGCGCUGCAACUUGGUACAUAAUUCAGGGUAAAAUGAGUAAAACAUACCCAUGCGUAUUGUCGUGCACAGCUCUAGUCUCUGUAAUGGCAACAAUCCAAUCUGUCAUUUUGGCCUUAUGUAUGGAAAGGGACUGGAGUAAAUGGAAGUUGGGUUGGAAUAUUAGACUUCUUGGAGUUGUUUAUUCGGGAAUAGUGAGUUCAGGACUUGCAAUGUGCUUGACUUUAUGGUGUAUGAAUAUGAGAGGGCCGUUGUUUGUAUCAAGUUUUAACCCUGUAACGCUCAUAGUCGUAGCCAUUUUCGGCUCUUUGCUGCUCCAAGAGAAGUUGUACCUAGGAAGCAUACUUGGAGCAUCGCUAAUUAUAUGUGGAUUAUACGUACUAUUGUGGGGUAAAAGCAAGGAAAUGAAGAAACUGAUGAGAGUCGAACCGGUACUUGAAACCCUGCGACCGUCCGAAACUCAAGCCAUUGAAAUUGUUACUUCAACAUCUCCUAUAGAGCCGAGCGUUAAUACCAGUACUGAGAAUGAUAAUAACAACAACACAAAUGAUAGUUUAAUUGCUGUUGGACACCAUGAACUUGGAAAUAGAGAUCGACUUCAGACUACGGUGUUAAAUCGGACGGACGGCGGCAGCUACCCAAUUGGCGAUCAAGUUCACAGAUAAUUAAUACAGAAGGAAAAGAAAAAGCAAGAGUUUAGGAAGUAAUCAGGAGAGUCUUGCAAUUUCGCAAACCAUGUAAUAUACUGUAUGGAAAUACCAAAUUUACAUUUGGUUAUUUUCUGUGGUUUACUUUAGAUGUAAGAUUGUCAUGUUAUGCGUCUCCAUGAUAAUUAUUUAGGUACAUAAAUUAACUGUGGAAUCCCUAGUGUUCAUUUAGAUGUAAGAUUAUCAUGUUAUGAGCCUCCAUAUUGAUUAAUUAGGUGCGCUUUUCUUAAAUU